AUGGCUAAUUUCACCUUUAUAGGCCGAGGCGCUUCUAUCGUCCUCUGGCUGGAUCAGUUGCCGACUCCGCCGAUGACUCCCGCCACGGCAUCGCUUUCGACAAUGGCUACAACUGGCGAUUGCAGUGAUCCGUGGGACUGGGACAUUGAAAGAGUCGUUCAGGAGCUUUGCACUACCAAUCGAUCGUGGCAACCCCGAUCCACAUCCGUGACAAUAUCCGAUCCUUCCUCACUAGAGCAAGCUCUGAGGCACCAUGAGGUCAAUGGCAGUGUUCUUCUGGAGCACCUCGACGAUACCGUGAUGAAAGAGGAUUUGGGUCUGAGAGUUCUUGGCCGAAGAGCAUUUGUUCAUUCCGCCAUCGCAGAGCUGCGUCUUUUAAGUGCUCAAUAUCAAGCGUAUCAGCGAACCCACCAUCCCGAGAACGUUGCGUCUUCUGCAAUCAGUCGCAGCGUUCACGACUUUAUGCAGCACUUUCCUGGUCACAUUUCUGCCCCCGGCGUUCUGGUUGGACAACCGCAGCAACUAUUCUCUUCUCUUGGAGAAGCCGCUGCGGGCAGUGGGGUUCAUUUAUUGAAGGCACCACCUCCAUUUUCCGAAGAAACUGCAGCCGGCAACCGAAAUGCAUCAGGAGAGGACGUGUUCACUGAUGGAGCUGCGAACAAGCGGCGUAAGUUGGAUUUUCCAGACGCGGCCGAAGAACUUGAGCCUCAGUUUGACGAUGGCAUGCAAGACAUUGCUGAAGACAACGCAAAUGAACUGAACGAAACACCAGUUCCUACCAUUGAGCCGGGAACAGUUUCUGUUGUUGAGGUCAACGGCAAAAAGAGAAAACGCAUGGCACCAACUCUUAUUACCUCCGCUAUUGAUUCGAACGGAAUCCGAGAGCUCCCAACGGAAGCUGAUAACAUUGUCCAUAACGUUCCCCAGAGCAUCGAACCCGGGAUUCCGUUCAUCGGCAGUGAUGGCAGGAAUAGACUUGUGCCGGUCCCUGUGCCUCAAGCUGGCAAUGGUCCUGAGAUUCGUUUCAACUUUGAAGGCCAUCUACCCACACUUGAUACUCCAGACCACGCACCAAGCUCGGUCGGAGAGGCAUCCUCUCACAAGUCUUCGAAUGGGCGAGGCCAACCCAAACAACUCCCGACAGCCGAAUCCUCUUCAAGAGGCUAUCUCGGCAAGAGAAAGAUCCCAGUCGAUGCCCUGUUCUACGAAGGUGCUGCUGUUGGCAAAGAGCUGAACCUAGUUGACGACGCCACAGAGUUUGCUGAGCUUCCAAAAAAGAUUGCCGCAGGCUGCCGACUCUAUGUGCAUGGUGUCAUGCGACAUUUCUUACGUGCAGAACGUCAAGUCUUUAUGCGCGGCGGCAAGCUCUUCUCAGCCGUCCGUCCAUAUCCCGAGAAGCUGACACCAAAAUUUCAAAACCCAUCGUUUACGUUAUACUUUGCUAAGGAUGGCCAAAUCCACGCUCGACGAGAGGAAGUGCCCUCUUGGCCAGAGAUUGAUCCAAGUGCAAUCACACAGCAGCCUCAAGACGGAAUUGAUGAGAAUAAGGUUACAUUUAAGUCGCUAGGCCCAGAGUGGUUCAAUUCAUAUGAUAGCUUGGAUCCCUCAAAUCUGGAGAAAUACAUGUAUCUUGAGGGUGGAGAUAAGGUACUUCCUGCUUGGGGUGAAUCAGACGAAGAGGGCGAGUAUGAUCUCGCCACCUGGAAGGAGAUCGAAGAAGAGCGUGGUGAACUCCAGCGUGACGUUCUGUCCAAGGAAAAGCCUCGCAUCAGCCGCGAGGAAAUCAACGAAGCGGUUGAUGAAGGAAUUGCGGAACUUGUCGUAAAAUGGAACGAGAAAACUCGACCCAAAUGUGAGAAGAAGGCCUUCCGCUUGUGGAAAAAGUCACGACUUCAGGGCACAAAGCGGGAGCAGAUCUUGGGAGCGCAGAAAGACCUCGACCACAUCCUCGCACGUAUUGCGAAGAUGCGCAUGGAGAUCCUUCAUGACGUUUGGAGAAGCAAACAGCAAGUCCGAAAGCAAACUCGCAUUAUGGAGCUGAGCAUCUUUGCCCGUGAAGAUCUGACCUUUAAGAUCGCAACUCUAGAGCAAAAGACUGCACCUGAGAAGCCAUUCCAUACCCCAUCAGUCGCAGCGCCAAAGAAGUCGAUGGGUCCGAAUAACGAUGGAGAAGGAGAAUCAAUCGGCAGUGAGAGCGAAGAAGUCAGCUCAGACGAUGACAUGGAUGAUUUCGUGAUUCCCGACGAAGCUCUCCCCACGCUUGAGGAAGAACGGCACGAGCUCAACCUUGCAGAUUCUGAAGAUGAGGGUGGGGAGGAUGCAACGAUGUCUGAUGCCAGUAUGCCUGAUAUCUCUGGAGACCUUCUAACACCAACUCGACAAAUUCGUCUCGAAGUAUCCAAGAAACGUAAACACUCGAUUAAAAACUUGGACUCUGACAUGGAAGAUUACGAAUUUCUCUCUCCUCCAUCGGCAAACAAUAUCAGUACCCCGGACAUCAAGUACGAAGAGCCGACGCUUCCAGAAUUACCAGCUGCAUCUCCCAACGCCGUCCCUGAAGUGGUUGAUCUAACUAUGCUCUCAUCAGAAGAUUCUCCAGCAAGACAACUUGUCAACCUCAUCACCCCGGAGAAAAAGAAAAAGCCACUUGUCAAGUUGACAUAUCGCAACAGCCCCUUCAGUAGCCCAAUCACAUUAUCAGACUCGAACAAUGAAAUAUUUCCAACAGACAAGAUGCCAGAUCCCGAGAACAUGCCGCCCUACGAUGACCCUGCUGCCAUUGCGAAAUACAGUUACACGGCAUGGGCAAGAUCGUUUGACAAAGAACGCCUAUUAAUUAAGGUCUUUCAUAGAAUGGAUGAAGCGAAGAGAGCCUCUUUCUUCGAAUUCAUGCCUCACGUGGCUGAAAUAGACCUUUGGGGCAACAUGGCGCAAGUCAUUGAUGCUUUGAUCGCUGGUGAUGGGCUUGUACAGGGCAUGGAUGCCGCAGUACGCGAGAUCAUUACUGGUUUCAUCCGUCUGUUCGUGAUGUACAUGGAUGGUCGCUACCACACCGAUCGCAAGACUCUCACGAUGGAUAAGCUGAAGAAGGUCCUGGAAAAUAAGACUCCCUUCUUUACGCCGUUUUAUAAACUGUGCUGUCAGAUGGAGAGCUAUUUCGACCACAGCAAGCAAAUUGGACCAUCUCCACCCAAACGAUCCAUAUCUGGCGACGUUGAUGAUGACGAUGAUGACGGAGAGCCGUUAUCAGCAACCAGACGUCGUACUCGGGUUGCCACGACGAGCGAGGAAGAAGUCCCUGAGCAAGACGCUCCUCACAAGAAGCGAAAGAAACCCAUCUUUGAGGAUGCAAAGGCUCGGGAUUUGAGAGAGCUGAAUCGAAUGCGACUUGAAGAACAAGAAAAGCGACGAAAGGUCCUCCAGGAUAGACUAGCCAACUCUGGACAUGCAGGUGACGAGGGUCGAGGUAUGAUCAUCAUCAAUGAUGCAGCGGCCGAGGACCAAGGUUUUGUGAUGGUGAACAAGCACAUUUCCCGCCGCAUAAAGAAGCACCAAAUCGAUGGCGUCCGAUUCAUGUGGAACCAAAUUGUGGCACCUGGGGAUGCAGCCAUGCAGGGCUGUCUUCUUGCUCAUACGAUGGGAUUGGGAAAGACUAUGCAAGUGAUCACAUUACUUGUUGCCAUCGCCGAAGCUGCAGCAUCCCUCGAUCGAAACGUUUCGGGCCAAAUCCCUCAGAGCUUGAAGGUCUCCCGAACCUUGGUCCUCUGUCCCCCUGGGCUAAUCAACAAUUGGAUGGAUGAGCUCUUGACUUGGAUUCCGGACGAUAUGCUAGGAACCCUUAAUCCCACGAAGGUUGAUGCCUCGAUCAAGCCACGCGAGAGGCUUGAGACCAUUGAAGACUGGUAUCUUGGCGGUGGCGUUCUCGUCCUAGGCUACGAAAUGUUUCGCGCGUUAAUUGAAAACAAGAAGGCCAAAGGCCGUGAUACUGCUAUCCUCACGGAGGACCAACACGAGCAAGUCCAGAAGCACCUUCUUGAAGGACCCAACAUUAUCGUCGCAGACGAAGCUCACAAGAUGAAGAAUGCGACUGCGGCAAUCACUCUUACAGCGUCCAAAUUCCGAUCGAAGAGUCGGAUUGCUUUGACUGGUUCCCCCCUUGCGAACAAUGUUGAAGAGUACCACACUAUGAUCGAAUGGGUGAGCCAGAACUACCUUGGGCCAAUUGUGGAAUUCCGAGCCAAGUAUGUCGAGCCAAUCCAAGAAGGUCUUUGGCAGGACAGCACACCGUCCGAGCGACGAAGGGGUCUUAAGAUGCUGGGAGUGCUCAAGGAAGAUCUUGCCCCGAAGGUUCACCGAGCCGAUAUGUCCGUCCUUCGCAACGAUCUACCUCCGAAAAAGGAAUUCGUCAUCACAGUUCCCUUGACUGAGAUUCAGCGAAAAGCUUAUUCCAUUUACGUGCGGUCCAUGAUUUCUGGCUCUGCAUAUUCGCUCACCAAGGCUGGGGAAGUCACGCAAACGACGAUUUGGCACUGGUUAGCAAUCCUUUCGCUGCUUUGCAAUCACCCAGAGUGUUUCAAUGCCAAGCUGCACGACCGUAAGAAAGACGCACGAAAUGAGAUCGCGGCGGGGACAAAUGCGCCGAAUUCUCGCGACGGAACAGACCUUGACGAAGUAGCUACGGAACUCAAUACCGCUGUCUGGAAAGUUGGCGUUUCACAGGAUCUCAUCAACGAGGAGACCAAGCUUUUUAAAGAGGAGGCUCCUGACAUGAAGUCAAUCGAAUUAUCUUACAAAGUCAAGAUCUUGUGUCAAAUUCUGGACGCCUCUAAACUGGCAAAGGAUAAAGUCCUAGUAUUCUCGCAAUCUAUUCCGACACUGGACUUCCUGGAAAAGCUCUGCGUUCGACAAGGACGAAAGUAUGCGAGACUCGAUGGCAGCACUCCGAUGGCCAAGCGACAAAAUAUGAUUAAGGAUUUCAAUAAAGGUGAUACUGAGAUCUACCUCAUUUCCACGGCUGCGGGUGGCUUGGGAUUGAACCUCCCGAGUGCGAACCGAGUUGUGAUCUUCGACUUCAGAUGGAAUCCAAUCAUGGAAGAGCAAGCCGUGGGACGAGCCUACCGAAUUGGCCAGACGAAACCGACAUUCGUCUACCGCUUUGUUGCAGGAGGCACAUUCGAGGACAGUGUUCACAACAAAACUGUCUUUAAGAUGCAACUGGCAUCAAGAGUCGUUGACAAGAAGAAUCCCAUAGCAUAUGCAUCCAGGAAGCUCUCAGAUUAUCUGUUUGAGCCGAGGGAUGUUCCCCAGAAGGACUUGACCGAGUUUGUGGGUAUGGACCCUCUGGUGUUGGACAAGAUCUUGGAAUAUCAAGAGGACAGCCCCGUAAUUCGUUCGAUCGUCCAGUCAGACACGUUUGAGCGCGAUGACGACGAUAAGCUCACCGCUGAAGAGCUGAAGGAGGUCAAGCAACUGCUUAGUGAUGAGCAGCUCAAACGUUCCAAUCCCCGUAAGUGGGUCGAGCUCCAGGCGCAACGAAGCCAACAACUUCACAAGGAGGCUCAACGACAAGGUCUUGCCCUACAAGCUCAGCGCGCACCUCAAACGAACAUCGGAUCCGCAAACCGACCACUUGGUGCAGGCCAAGGAAUGCACCCCGCGAUUCCUGCUCGAUCAGCCAACGUUCAGCAGAACCCUUGGGGCAUGCGUCCAAAACCUGACUCUGAUGUAGUGAUACCAUCUGAUUUUAUCGUGAGUACGGGUGUACAUCCAGCCAACCACCCAGCGCAAGUCUCCAAUCAGUCUACUUCGCCGAAUCAAAAUCAAGUCGCAGGUCCCUUGACGCCAGUCAAUCCCUCGGCACAGACCUCCAAGCCAGCUCCGCCACCAAAUCAAGAUCAAGCCUUUGGUAGAGCUCACAAUUUAGGUCGGUAUAAGACUCCUGUUUCUGGAAACCCAUCUUACCGCCCAGGAUCCCCAAUCCACGGAGCAAAUACCAAGGUUGGCAGUCCGCCGUUGGAGAACGGAAAGACAUCAUCUCUUCAGAAGUCUGUGUCACCGCCAGUCACUAAGACACUUCCACGCAAUGGACCAGGCAGAGAGGAACUGGGUACUCCUGAAAGCCAGAAGACGCUCUUCCGCGAAAUCGAUACGAUCUUACACGAAGCUGCCAAACGAGCCAACGAAUCAACUGGCCGCGAGACUACGAUCCAGCGAGAUGAUAGAGUUACACUGAUCUCAAUGGCCAUCAAGAAAUUGGUAAACGGCCUGACAGUCAAUGAGACAUCACGAGAGAAAGCGAUGCAUGCCGUCCUCGCUGAAUUGAGACUUGACAGCAUCAAAUGCCAGGCACUGCUAACUUCACAGCUAAGCGUGGACGACUUCGUUCGCGAAGUUUUGAGGUUGAAUUUGCGCGUGGUUCCAAAGCCCCAUCAAGCACCAAGCUCAUCUAGCAGCAACGGUGUAGAUGACAUCACCCAAGUAUGCAAAUCUCAAAGCUCUCAGCAAUCUCCGCCUUCCGUUAUCGCCACUCUCAUGCAGCCAACCGCUGAAGUUGAAAAGAGACCUGCAGACUCCCUCAAUUUCUCUCUUCCUUCAUCUUCAGCUUUCCAGACAGGUCCGGCACUUAAGCAAGCUCCAAAAUCGGAAUUGCUUGUCUCGCAUGAGCUGAAUGGUCCCCCCAAGGCCAUUAUUCAUCAAAGCAGCAGAGAGGAACAGAUUGGCCAGAACAAACCAGGAGAGCAAGAAUAUCCUCAAAAGCAAAUGACAGGAGAGACAUCUCAGCAAAUCAAGCCUUCUGAAGUUCAGAAUGUUGAGCAGACUGCCAAUGAAGUCGCCAUUCCUGAUGACGCUCGUUCAGUGUCAAGCGACGGUCCUCCUCUAUCAGAAUCAAUUCUCAAGCGCUUUUUCAGUGUCCUUCCUUCCUCGCUAACUCAUCUCAAUUUAGAGCGACAUGUUUCUCGCCAUGAACCGCCAGCCUCAUCGCCAGGUUCAAUCUCUCCGCACCCCAGUCUCCAAUCCCAAGCGAAGCGGGAAGGACAGGUCGUCAUUCCUAAGCUCACACCGCCUAGAGGAUGA